AUGUGUCAACUGUGCCUGAACCCCGCUGGAGAGAAGAGCUGCUGCUGCUUCAACUUAUCGAUAGGUUUAUUGGCUGUGGCUGCCUACUUUGGGGUGGUUGGGGGGUUGGACAUCUAUCAAGCGAAGCAGACAAUACCUUACGAGGAGACACAAUUCAUUGGAGGCAUCAUAAAUGCAUCUAUUGGCGGCUAUAUCUGUUUGUGUGUGCUGCUGGGCUUCCUCAAGCUCGGACUCCUUGCGUACAUUUUGACAUUCGGCGCUUUUUCCGUCACGCUCGUCAAUGGCGUCUUCAAACUGGUGACUUUCAUCACCCAAUGGGUCCACUGGGGGCAAGGGAUGUCUGACGGAACAAUUGAAUUUCAGUCUGUGAUGGUGACCUCCAGCCUUACGCAGCUGUUGACGAUAAUAGUCAUCUUGGGCUUUGCUAAUCUCUUCUGGUCUGCAGCUUGUGUAUACAGAGCAGGCGGCAACGGCUGCGAGUUCAAAAGCUACAGAGAAAUUGAAAGCAGGUCGGAUGCAAAGAAGACAGACGAUGACGCCGUGUAA